AUGUUCCGCCCCUCCCAGUCCCUCCUCUUCCGGCCAAUGCCUAUUUUAAAGAAGCUGAAGAUUCAUCAUCCUCUGCCGUUGAGUCCUCGCGAAUCCAAACAGUUACUCAACCUUCUCACGGCAUCCUUCCGACAACAACUCGAUACUGAACACCCCCAGUUUCGCACCGACGGUAACGCAAAUGUACUCCACGAACACCUAUCAACACGUCGAUCACGAAGAUCGUCGUUUUCAGAAGACAAGACACCUACGGCCCGACACAUGCACUCACUCUUGACAAAUCCUUUAUUCAAUAUUUCACCGGGGAAGAAAAACAGCAAUGUUGUUUUCUCACGGGAUCCGAUGGAUAUAUUCAGUCAAGCAGUAGCGAAGGGUAUGAUGACGACUAGUCAUGCGAAGGCUUGCUUGACUGCAAAGAAAGCCCAAAUAGUACGGUCAUCUGUUCUAAAUGUUCGAGAUGGAAUGAAAGACUCCGGAGCUGGACUGAAGGUAUUGAAGUGGCUUGUUUCAAGUGGCACAACAAACAAUACCGAAUUCUUGAAGGACGAUGCUUUCGUCAAGAUUAUGAUGGAAUACAUGGUUGCUGAAGGACUUCAAGAAGCUGCUUGGAAAUGGGUGAAGACGUCAUUAGAGAACCUCCCGAAGCUAUGCCUUCUCUCUGGCGAAGACUUCGCACGAGCUCAAAAGGAGGUCGUUGGACCCCUUAUGUUGCUUGUCAGGGCCGAGGCUGCAGACUCUGGCAGUCCUACGAGUCUGGAUGCCGCGUAUAUGGCUAUGUCCAGAGCUGCUGGCUACCUCGGGGGCUUGUCUACCCCCGAAGUUACUACGGUUCUUGGUCCUCCUGGAUGGUUCUUAAUACGCGCAUCUGUUAUGCCAAAAUCUAGCAGGCCACCACCAAGCGAGAAUGCUUUCGAAUCAUUUCUCAGCUUGAUACCAGUCAUAACAAAGAGCCCGGCACGAUAUUUUGCCCAUUUAAGCUUGUUACACCCAACGAAUCCAAAUCCAGAUCUGGCCCUAGAUCACAUCCGCUCUGUUGCGAGCAAGAGUCGACAGAAAAAGUCUUCCCUAUCAAAGCCCGCAAGAGAGAGUGAUCACCAUAAUAUCCAGCUUGGUCUGGAUGCAGCCAAUUUUCUGCUCCAGUACCAUAGAUAUACCGAGGCCGAUGAAGUAAUGGAAUUUUUGCGGUCUCGUUAUCCUAAGCAAUUAGGUAUCAAGGAGAUGAGGCAGCUUGAGCAGGCCAAAGCCGAGGCAUCAAGUCUCGAGUUGUUGGAGAGGCUCGGCCUGACAUGA